UCAGUUUGAAAGCAUAAGACACAACUUUUUAAUUGUUAAUAAUAAUAAUAAUUACUAUAUUUAAAUAAAUAAAUCAAUCACGGAUACUUUAUACUUCAAUACUCUUGUCCACAGCAAAGUAAUGCUGGAGACAAGAUCCGCAGUUUAUAAAAUGUUACAGCCAUCAGCAAAUGAAGAUAGACGUAUAAUUAAAUGGCCACCAGCAUAUUCAAUGACAAUGACACCAUAUCAGGACAGUGAUUUUGAUGUAAGAGUACGCCGUGCAUGUUUGUCAGUAUCCAGUGCUCCAAGAAUAUCAAAACUGAUAGUUCUCGGUGAUGUUGCUGUUGGCAAAACAUCAUUGGUCAACACAUUUUGUCAUAAAUCUUUUAAUAAUAAUUAUAAACCAACAAUUGGAGUUGACUUUGAAGUUGAACGAUUUGAUGUACUAGGAGUUCCAUUUAAUUUACAGAUAUGGGACACUGCUGGACAAGAACGAUUCAAAGCAAUAGCAGCAUCUUAUUACCGAGGAUCAAAUGUUAUAAUGCUGGUAUUUGAUCUAACAAGUUUGUUAUCAUUAUCACAUUGCAGGCAAUGGCUCGAAGAAGCUGCCAGAUCAAACACAGGAGAUUAUCAUAUAUUUCUUGUCGGCACAAAAAGAGAUUUAAUGUCAAACCAAGUGUACAAAAUAAUCGAAAAACGCGCAAUUGCUAUCGCAGAGUCAUUGAAAGCCGAGUACUGGUCAGUUUCAUCAAAAACUAAUGAUGGAAUCACGGAAUUAUUUUCCCGUAUCGCUGGUUUGUCUUUCAACGCUGCCAUUUUAAGGGAAUUAAAUUCUCAUAAACAGCAGGAGAUCGGAACAAAUUUAAUUACAUUAAGAAGAUAUGAACCUGAAGUUGAAAAGAAAACUAAACAUUUUAAAUGGCUGUCAUGUAUAAAUUAGCAUUAAAAAUUUAUA